UUCCAUCAGUUCUUGUCAUGUGAUGGUAAGGACCCAUCGAUCAUUUUGUUCUGGCAUUCUACAAGACAGGAAAUCAAACACAAUAUUGGGAAUUGCCGUAAUAAACCGGGGAAAUUAGAGUCUUCCCCAUCGCCAAAUGAAAUGUCAUAUCUAGCGCCGAAUAACAGGUUGGCUCCUAAUUGCGAUGUCUGGUGUUCGUGGAUAUUUCGUAUAAAAUGGAACUUGAUGUUCAUAAUUCAAAUGGAAAUUCAGUGUUAUCGUAUAUGAUUUUAUGCUGACAUUUUGAAACAGUUCUAAAAUCAAUAUAAAAUCGUUAACUUAACUGCUAUUUGGAAUAAUUGUUCAAUAAUAACAUGAUAUCCGUUUGUUGGAUUUUGAAGUGACGGUAAUUCUCGUUUAACAAUAUGUUAACUAGAUUAAACAAUAGAGCCUCGAAUAUAAAUAUUUGUAUAAAAGGAAAGCGUUACUAUACAAACAAUCUUCAAUAAAACAAAAUAAAAUGUAAUUUAAAAUAUUCACUCCACGAAGCUCGACUUUUAUAAAAAGAUGUGAUAACACUACAUACGUUUUAAUUGACAUUGAAGUGAUUAUCUCAUUCUCAUUCUAAUUAUUAUAGAAUGUAGACAACAUGGAUUGAAAAUGAAGAGCGUUGCGCAUUUUCUAACGGUCUGGAUUUGGGCGGAAAUCUAUUCAACAACCUCUGAGACUCUGGGUCCUGAGGGAUGUCAGACGGCUUGGUUCCACCGAAACGACUACUGCUACCACGUAAUCAACGCGCGCGUGCACUUCGACAGCGCCAAAGCGAUCUGUGACCUCAAGGGUUCCGUGCUGACGUCACUGUGGGACCAGGACGAGGCGGAGUUUGUGCUCAAACUGCUAAAUGAAUUGGAUGUCAAAGAGCGCAUGGCGUGGAUUGGUGCAGUUCCAACAGGGGGCGUGGUCAACAAAAAAUGGGUGUGGCUUGACGGUUCCGGUUCGGUGGAGCUUCUCAAAGACUUUCAGUCACCGGAAGUUACAGAUGAGCUCUGCGUUUCGUUAGCAGAAGACUCUACGAUUUUGUUUCUGGAUUGUGACGUCACACUCAAUGCGUUCAUCUGCAAGAAACCCGUCCAAAAACUGUACGUACCCGACGGUAUGAAUGUGACGUCCGAAUUCAUGUACCUGAACAAGAAUCCUGAGCAGACGAUAUUUGAGCGUCUGCGUCCGCCGAUCCUCGAAAAAAUCAACAUGGAGACUUCCGGUGUACAUCACCUAGCAACCGUUGACGUCAUACACGAGACGGACUGCGCGUUCAAGUGUUACACUAUCGGAGAAUGCAACGCGUUUGUGGUGACGUGCAAGUCGUCAAGAAAGUGCAACGUGCGUCUGUGUAGCUUAAUGGCGGGCUUUGAUGUUUUUUGAUUACAGAGGGGAAGUCUUUUGUAACAAAUGAUGUGUUCCGCCGAUAAUUCUGUUUUGGUUCUGCAAUUCACAUAUAACAGCGAUGUCUUGGAAACCUGUCGUUUAUUUCAUUGUAAUUUUAUUUGACAAUACACUAAAGUGCGGCGGUGUAUAUGGAUUAAGAUUUGUAUUUUGUCACUUGUAGGAGAAGUUUUUUUUAUCUAUGCAUAUUUAACAACUAUUCGAAUAAAUAACAAUUAUGUUUAACUGCAAACAGUGAUACCGUUUUUGCGAUUUACAUGACUUUGUCUUUUCUUUCGAUUGACUCGUUUGCUUCACUAAACCUGAUUUAACAUGUAGUUUUUAUCUCCCGAUUUGGUUGGCUCCAGUCGCAUCAAUAAGAUCGGGAACCACAGUAAUUGGAAGAACGUCAAAUCUCCAAAAAGUCUAACUGGCAUCAAA